GGGGCUGGCUCGGGAGUGUGCUCGUCGCCGGAGCCGCUGCCGCCGCCACCAGCCGGGCAUGGCCAUGGCGUCCCCGGCCAUCGGGCAGCGCCCGUACCCGCUACUCUUGGACCCCGAGCCGCCGCGCUAUCUGCAGAGCCUGAGCGGCCCGGAGCCGUCGCCGCCGCCGCCGCCGCCGCCCGGCCGGUCCUCGCGCCGCUGCGUCCCCGCGCCCCGCUCCACUGCGCCCGGGACGCACGACGGGAGCGGCGCCCGGAGGGCUGCCCGGGGGAACCUGGAGCCCCAACCCCGGGCUUCCCGGCCCGCCCGCCCGCUCCGGCCUGGACUGCAGCAGAGACUGCGGCGGCGGCCUGGGGCUCCCCGACCCCGCGACGUGCGGAGCAUCUUCGAGCAGCCGCAGGAUCCCCGCGUCCCGGCGGAGCGCGGCGAGGGGCACUGCUUCGCGGAACUGGCGCUGCGGGGCGGCCCCGGCUGGUGUGACCUGUGCGGACGAGAGGUGCUGCGGCAGGCGCUGCGCUGCGCUAACUGUAAAUUCACCUGCCACCCGGAGUGCCGCAACCUGAUCCAGCUGGACUGCAGCCAUCAGGAGGGCUCGUCCCAGGACAGACCCUCUCCAGAAAACACCCUCAGCCCGACCUUCAGCCAGAGCGUCUGCAAGGCCGUGGAGGAGCCGCGGCGCCCGCCCACGCUGCAGGAGAUCAAGCAGAAGAUCGACAGCUACAACACGCGCGAGAAGAACUGCCUGGGCAUGAAGCUGAGUGAAGACGGCACCUACACGGGCUUCAUCAAAGUGCAUUUGAAACUUCGGCGGCCAGUGACAGUGCCUGCGGGGAUCCGGCCCCAGUCCAUCUACGACGCCAUCAAGGAGGUGAACCUGGCGGCCACCACCGACAAGCGGACGUCCUUCUACCUGCCUCUCGAUGCCAUCAAGCAGCUCCACAUCAGCAGCACCACCACGGUCAGUGAAGUCAUCCAGGGGCUGCUCAAGAAGUUCAUGGUCGUGGACAACCCCCAGAAGUUCGCACUUUUUAAGCGGACACACAAGGACGGACAAGUGCUCUUCCAGAAGCUCUCCAUCGCCGACUGCCCCCUCUACCUGCGCCUGCUCGCCGGGCCUGACACUGAUGUCCUCAGCUUUGUGCUAAAGGAGAAUGAAACCGGAGAGGUGGAGUGGGAUGCCUUCUCUAUCCCCGAACUGCAGAACUUCCUCACGAUCUUGGAGAAAGAGGAGCAGGACAAAAUCCAGCAAGUGCAAAAGAAGUAUAACAAGUUUAGGCAGAAACUGGAGGAGGCCUUAAGAGAAUCCCAGGGCAAACCCGGGUAACCGGUCCUGCUUCCUCUCCUCCCGAUGCUCUCGGAUUUAUUGUUAUUCUUAAAAUUAUUAUUUUGCAACAGACACUUUUUCUCAGGACACCUCUGGCGGGUGCAUUUGUGCCCACCCAGCAGUUCCAGCUGUGGCACAAAGUCUCUUCCAUGGACAAGUGUUUGUGCGGGGUUGACUCCUGCUCACCCCAACGCCGUGCUCCUCGACAGACUCUGCCGAGAUCAGAACUCAUGUGAAGCAAACAGCCGUUGUCCUCUCUCACUCUGCAAGCCUUUUGCAAACCAAAUAGUUGCCUCUCUUGUCACCAGACUGGAACCUACCUACCACACCAGCCGGCAAAGGAAAGAAGGAAGGUUUUAGAGCUACGUGUUCUUUCUCUGGCUUUGAUUCUUCUUCAAUGUCCCUUAUUUGCCACCUACAUACCUUUAUUUAUGAGUGAAAAGUUGUAGCAUAUUCCCUUAGCAGGUCUGAGCUAAGACCCUGAAAGUAGGGUAAUGCUCAUAAAAGGACUGUCCCCACUGGCCCAAGGUGCCCGCUGUUCAUGCAUAAGGGAAAUUCAGAAAGCCACUGGCCCAGAGCUCAGGGUUAGGAGCACCAAAGCUAAGAUUGGCUCAGAGAUUUCCAGAGAAGCUGCAGCCUGCCCUGGCCCUGGCCCUCACUGCCCAAGAGACGGUGCAUCCGUAAACCCAAAGGCAUAUAUAUCUGCAUAUGUGUGGUACUUAGUCACAUAUUUGUCAACCGUUAUUUCUUUGUAAGUUACAAAUUUGAAUUUAAUAUUGCCAUAACCCUCAUGUGUUUCCACCAAAGGGAAACCAGGCGUUUAUCAUUUUAAAAGUCUCCUGCUGAGUAGGGAAAUCGGGCAGUAAGAGAAAGCCAAAAAGCAAUGCAGACAACCUCCUCCAAGCUGUCUUUAUCCCAGCUAGCGAACAGAGGAGGGCCUGGGCUGCCUCGGUUUCCCCCUCGGCCUCCAGCACUGCCUCCCUCCUCCCUUGGGGACUCUGGGAUCUCCAGGUGCUGCCUAAGGCGUUGCCUUGAUUACAGAGGGGGACGCUCCAACUCGGCCAACUCUGAGUCCUUUCUGUUCUGAAGCUCGGGCCGGCCCAGCACUGCGCUCAGUGAGCCCAUGGGCCUGGCCUCCCCGCUUACCUCAGUGCCUUUUUGUUUUCAGAGAGAGACAGGAGCAGGGCGUGUGUGCCUGAAGCUCUGCUGCCGGCUCACUUGUACCAGGGAAGUAGACAACGGUGGUGUGGGAGACGAGGCUUGGAGAGCCCUCGCUCUUAGUAUGGGCUGAGGCUCACAGACCUCCUUCCCAUCUGGGUGCCUGAGUUUUGACUUCCAAGAAGUGACAUGAGACCACAUUGACAGGGAGGCUCUACAUUUGUACUGGCUUCUUGUUCAGGUUGAAUCCUAAAAUAAAUCCGUCAAACAAUGCCAGCAAGAAGCCAGGACCGCAAAGACAUUCCACUGCAGAGGGAGAAGGACUUGUAAUCUUCAUUCGAAGCAGGGCUGGUUUUCCAGUCCAGCCUCUGAGAAACCAUUUCUUUGUUGUCCUCUGCCAGUCUCUCUUGGGUUGGUUCAAGCCCACGCUUCUUCAUGUAGCCUCAGAAGUUCCCUCCCUGACCCAGGCUGAGUCCACACUGCCCUGAUCCCAGAAGGAAUGCUGCCCCUUGUCACAGGAACUCUGUGUAGUCUUCAGAGCUGCAAAGGUAACAUAAGCUCGCAACUCUAAGAUUUUUUUCAAACCACAGAAACCCUGGUUAUCUGCCAUCUCAUGCUCAGCCUUAUCACUUCCCUCCCUUAAAAAUCUCUCUCCCUGCUGUAUAUUAAAGGGAGCAGGGUAGAGAGUCGUUCCCCUUCGUCCCGCAUGUCUCUAACAUUACUAGAAGGCAUGGCUCCUGCUGCAACUGCUGUGAAUGCUGCUGAGAACCUCCCUCUAAGGGGAUGGCUAUUUUAUUUUUGAGAAGGAAAAAAAAAAUCAUGUAUAUACAUAUACAUAAAGGCAUAUGGUAUAUAUAAAGAGAUAAGGGUGUUUAUGAAAUGAAAUAAAUGUGGGAAAAUUCAGACUUUAUCUAAAGCACAGUUAGACCCAGGACCUAUGCUAAGGUCUAAGCCUCUGAAAAAAGUUAUGUGUAGAGUAUCCUUCCCUCCCAGAGGUGGGUAUAACUGCUGGUAGUGCCUUCUAUGGUUGUGUUGCUCAGUAUGUAAGUGUUUGUUUUGAGGAUAUUUUCUUGUUAAAUGUCUUUCUUAUAUGGGUUUUAAAAAAAGUAAUAAAAGCUUGUUGCAAAAAUGA